UCUGUGUUCCGUGUGUCUUUCUCUAAACCCUAGAAUUUCACAUUGCUUCUGUGUCACUCUUCAAAUUUCUGAAUAGAUUUGAUCACAAAAACGUAAAAAGGGUUUUCGUAUUUUGUGGAAUCACAUUGCUUCUGUCAGUCUCCAAUUUCUUUGACCCGGAAAUAUUGUUUCUUUUUUUCCCUUUUUCUUUUGUAAAUUUGGGAUUUUUUCGGAGCUUUUAUUUUUAGUUAUUGAAAACAAAAAAAAUACCAAAAGGCAAGACUCGGACUCAGUGGUUCUCCUUCUCCCUUUUAUCUAGUGUGACUGCGCAUUUCUUGUAAUGGGAGUGCAACCGUCUGGAUCCAUUAUCCGGGUAGGGUCAGACCCGUUCAUGUUCUCUGAGCUGAAGAAUCUGUAAAAAGAUACACUUUUUUUCUGUUUUUGUGAUCUGAUCGGACUAGUGAAUCAUGAACACUGGAGGGAGACUCAUUGCUGGGUCUCACAACAGGAAUGAAUUCGUUCUCAUUAACGCCGACGACACUGCCAGAAUACGAUCAGCAGAAGAACUGAGUGGGCAAACUUGUAAAAUCUGUAGAGAUGAGAUUGAGUUAACAGAUAAUGGUGAGCCAUUUAUCGCUUGCAACGAAUGUGCUUUCCCUACGUGUAGACCGUGCUAUGAGUAUGAAAGAAGAGAAGGAAACCAAGCUUGUCCUCAGUGCGGAACCCGAUACAAGCGUAUUAAAGGUAGUCCAAGGGUCGAAGGGGAUGAAGAAGAUGAUGACAUUGAUGAUCUGGAGCAUGAGUUUUAUGGAAUGGAUCCUGAACAUGUUACUGAAGCUGCGCUCUAUUAUAUGCGUCUUAACACUGGUCGUGGUACUGAUGAAGUGUCACACUUGUAUUCAGCUUCACCAGGCUCUGAGGUUCCUCUUUUGACGUAUUGUGAUGAGGAUUCUGAUAUGUAUUCGGAUAGACAUGCUCUUAUCGUGCCCCCAUCUACGGGUUUGGGGAACAGAGUCCAUCAUGUGCCAUUUACAGAUUCUUUUGCAUCUAUACACACAAGACCCAUGGUUCCUCAGAAGGAUCUUACAGUUUAUGGAUAUGGAAGUGUUGCAUGGAAAGACCGUAUGGAAGUAUGGAAGAAACAACAAAUAGAAAAGCUACAAGUCGUUAAGAAUGAAAGAGUAAAUGAUGGUGAUGGCGAUGGAUUCAUUGUUGACGAGCUCGAUGAUCCCGGGCUACCAAUGAUGGAUGAAGGAAGACAACCUCUGUCACGAAAGCUACCCAUUCGUUCGAGCAGAAUAAACCCUUAUAGGAUGUUGAUUUUCUGUCGGCUCGCCAUUCUUGGCUUGUUCUUCCAUUAUAGGAUUCUCCAUCCGGUGAAUGAUGCAUUCGGCUUGUGGUUAACAUCGGUUAUAUGCGAAAUAUGGUUCGCUGUGUCUUGGAUUCUUGAUCAGUUCCCAAAAUGGUAUCCCAUCGAAAGAGAAACAUAUCUCGACAGGCUUUCUCUAAGGUAUGAGAAGGAAGGGAAGCCAUCAGAGUUAGCGCCUGUCGAUGUCUUUGUUAGUACUGUGGAUCCAUUGAAAGAGCCUCCACUGAUUACAGCAAAUACGGUUCUGUCUAUUCUCGCUGUUGAUUAUCCGGUUGAGAAGGUUGCAUGUUAUGUAUCAGAUGAUGGUGCUGCAAUGCUUACAUUUGAAGCUCUCUCUUACACAGCCGAGUUUGCAAGAAAAUGGGUUCCUUUCUGUAAGAAGUUCAGCAUCGAGCCACGCGCUCCUGAAUGGUAUUUUUCACAGAAGAUGGAUUACUUGAAGCAUAAAGUCGAUCCCGCUUUUGUUAUGGAACGCCGUGCCAUGAAGAGAGACUAUGAGGAAUUCAAAGUAAAGAUAAAUGCAUUGGUUUCUGUAUCACAGAAAGUUCCUGAAGAUGGUUGGACUAUGCAAGAUGGAACUCCUUGGCCUGGAAACAAUGUCCGGGACCAUCCAGGAAUGAUUCAGGUUUUCCUGGGACACAGCGGAGUUUGUGAUAUGGAUGGAAAUGAGUUACCUCGUUUGGUGUAUGUUUCUCGUGAGAAGCGACCGGGAUUUGAUCACCAUAAGAAGGCUGGAGCUAUGAAUUCCUUGAUCCGGGUAUCUGCUGUUCUCUCAAAUGCUCCUUACCUUCUUAAUGUGGACUGUGAUCAUUACAUCAACAACAGCAAGGCAAUUAGAGAAGCUAUGUGUUUCAUGAUGGACCCGCAGUCCGGAAAGAAAAUAUGUUAUGUUCAGUUUCCUCAGAGGUUUGAUGGGAUUGAUAGACACGAUCGAUACUCAAAUCGCAAUGUGGUUUUCUUCGAUAUCAACAUGAAAGGUUUAGAUGGCAUACAAGGACCGAUAUAUGUGGGGACCGGGUGUGUCUUCAGAAGGCAAGCACUUUAUGGAUUUGAUGCACCAAAGAAGAAGCAACCACCAGGCAGAACCUGCAACUGUUGGCCAAAAUGGUGCUGUUUGUGUUGCGGUAUGAGAAAGAAGAAGACAGGUAAGGUCAAAGAUAAUCAGAGAAAGAAGCCUAAAGAGACUUCAAAGCAGAUACAUGCCCUUGAGCACAUAGAAGAAGGCCUUCAAGUGACAAAUGCUGAGAAUAACUCUGAGACUGCCCAACUGAAGCUGGAGAAGAAAUUUGGUCAAUCACCGGUUUUAGUAGCUUCUACUCUUCUGCUAAAUGGUGGAGUGCCUAGCAAUGUGAACCCAGCGUCUUUAUUGAGGGAAUCCAUUCAGGUUAUUAGCUGUGGCUACGAAGAGAAAACCGAAUGGGGAAAAGAGAUUGGGUGGAUUUAUGGCUCGGUCACUGAGGAUAUCUUAACGGGUUUCAAGAUGCAUUGCCAUGGAUGGAGAUCUGUAUAUUGUAUGCCAAAGCGAGCGGCUUUCAAAGGUUCUGCUCCCAUUAACUUGUCGGAUCGUCUUCAUCAAGUUCUACGUUGGGCACUUGGCUCUGUCGAGAUUUUCUUGAGUAGGCAUUGCCCUAUUUGGUACGGUUAUGGUGGUGGUUUAAAAUGGUUGGAAAGAUUCUCUUACAUUAACUCUGUUGUCUAUCCUUGGACAUCCCUUCCUUUGCUUGUCUACUGCUCACUUCCCGCCAUUUGUCUACUCACCGGAAAAUUCAUCGUCCCUGAGAUAAGUAACUACGCGGGUAUACUCUUCCUGCUAAUGUUUAUGUCCAUUGCGGUAACGGGUAUACUAGAAAUGCAAUGGGGCAAAAUAGGAAUCGAUGAUUGGUGGAGAAACGAGCAGUUUUGGGUCAUUGGAGGAGUCUCUUCGCAUCUAUUUGCUCUGUUUCAAGGUUUACUCAAAGUUCUUGCAGGAGUCAGCACGAACUUCACAGUCACAUCUAAAGCAGCAGAUGAUGGAGAAUUCUCAGAGCUUUACAUUUUCAAAUGGACAUCUUUGUUGAUUCCUCCGACUACUCUGCUGAUCAUUAACAUCGUUGGAGUCAUUGUCGGAGUUUCGGAUGCGAUAAAUAACGGGUAUGACUCUUGGGGACCGCUUUUUGGGAGAUUGUUCUUUGCGCUUUGGGUGAUUGUUCAUUUGUAUCCGUUCCUCAAAGGGUUACUUGGGAAACAAGAUAGAGUACCAACCAUUAUAUUGGUUUGGUCGAUUCUUCUUGCUUCCAUCUUGACUCUCUUGUGGGUCAGAGUCAAUCCGUUUGUGUCCAAAGAUGGACCGGUCUUGGAGAUCUGUGGUCUUGACUGUUUAAAGUGAGAACUAGGUUUCUUUCUUUAUAAUAAUAAGAAGAAAAAAAGCUGCAGUCUUGCAUGGUUAAAGAUUGGAGAAUCAUGAAGAAUACAAAACGGAGUUUUAACGAUGGUACAAUCUGAUGAUGAUAAUGAUGGUGAUGUGUGCUCUUUUAGUGGUGGGUAAUGUGUAGACAUAAAGAGCUCUGUGCAGUUUUUACGUGUUACGUUUUCUUUUAAGACCCUGAAUGGAUGCUGAUUUUUGAUUCAGUUUUUG